AAUACAUCGCUGUUUCGCCUCUUCUCUCUCUUCGUUUAAGGCUUGAUUUGAUUUUUACAGCAUAACUAAUAAUCGCGAAGAAGACGGAAGCUUCCAUGAAUCAAAAUCACAUUCCUCUGGUUCCUUCCCAAGGUGAAGAACAAGCUGAGAUUUGUUUCGAAGGAGAAGCUCUUGCUAGUUUCCUCAAUUCAAUUGAACGGAAUAUACAAUCGUCAAGAAAUUCUGAUACAACAUUACCUGAAAAGAUUUGGUUCAAGAAACAAUUUGCGAUUGGAGUGAAUGAGGUCACACGUGUGCUAGAACGAAUGUCACUGUCUGCUUCAACGGAAAUUUCUUCUGAAACUCGCCAAACUAAGCAUAAAGCAUCUCCUCCAGUCCGGCUCCAGGUCAUACUCGUAGCUUCAGAUUGUAAUCCCCGAUGGUUGACUAGACAUCUACCAGACCUUGCUAGUUCCAGGAAGGUGCCUGUUAUCUAUGUUAAGGAUAAAAAAGCCGGUUCAUUGAGAUUAGGCACACUUUUUAAGUUGAAAACCGCAAUUGCCAUUGGAAUUAAGGUUAAGGGAAAUGAUAUCAAUCAAUUCAUCAAGGAGGUUCUUCAUGAUCAAGCUCGCGAAACAUCUCAUUUGUGAGUUCUUCAGAGUAUUUCUUUGUAAGGGAAUUUUGAUUUAUCAACACUCACUUAUAUUAUUUGA